UUCGUCGCAAAUUUAUCUUGAUUUCGAAUACGUUUAAGUAGGAAAUACUUGUUGUUAGUUUCAAUCAGUCGAAAGUAGAGUGGAGUUAGCCAUCGACAGCUAUCAAAGUGUAAACGCGGCAAUUUUAAAAAAUACCUAACAAAAUGGUAAUGAAGCGUGUAUUGAUCGCCAACAAGUCUUACCCGGCUGCUGGUUUAGAGUUGCUGAAGAAAAAGGUAGAAUGCCUCAUAGUACCUCAUCUCGACCAUGAACCCGAGAGUUUACAAGAAAUCAAAAAACAGAUAAAAGGUGUAGAUGCCGUUAUCUGGAAUGUGAAACACAAAUUCACUAAAGAAAUAUUAGACAUUGCGGGACCUAAUCUUAAAGCAAUAUCAACUAUGUCCACCGGUCUAGACCACAUAGACCAAGAUGCUGUGAAAGCCCAUGGUGUGCUUAUUGGGAAUACACCAAAUGUCUUGAAUAAUUCAGUGGCAGACAUUGCCAUUGGUGUCAUGAUUGCCGCGGCCAGACGCUUCAAGGAAGGUGUAGCUGAUAUCGAGAGUGGAGAAUGGAAAUAUGGCGUGAACUGGACGUUAGGGCAAGACAUAGCUGGCAGUACUGUGGGGAUCGUCGGAUUGGGCAGCAUCGGCCAAGCGAUUGUGCGCAGGUUGAAAGGGUUUGAUGUCGCACGCUUCCUGUACACUGGCAGAAGUGACAAGCCCGAAGCUAUCUCUCUUGGCGCUGAGCGAGUGAGCCUUGAUGAGCUGCUGAAGGAGAGUGACUACGUCAUGCUUGGCUGUCCAUUUACUCCAGAGACCAAGCACCUGAUAAACAAAGAAGCUUUAAACAAGAUGAAAAGAUCCGCCGUUCUUGUUAACUACGCUCGUGGAGAAAUCGUAGACCAAGAGGCUUUGUAUGAAGCUUUGAAAGAGAAGCAGAUCUUUGCUGCGGGACUUGACGUGGUCACGCCGGAGCCGCUUCCUAAAGACCAUCCUUUAAUUUCAUUGCCGAAUUGUUGUAAGUACCUACCUCCAAAGAAGGUACCUACCUAAUGAUGUUAGUAAUUGAGGUACACACACCCGAGUCCGCGUUGUUCUAAUGUUUGCAAGGAGACAAAACAGUCAGUGAAAAAGACCAAAAAUGACUAUUAAAUUUAUUAUUUUAUUUUUGCAGUUAUUGUGCCGCACCUUGGAAGUGCUACGUAUGCGACAAGAAACACAAUGUCAACCAUUGCUGC